GGCCACACAGAGUCUGGCACAGCUUUGUCCUGCAGGUGAGGGGUGAGACGGGGGUGGGGCACAGGAAUGGGGGCUGCAGGAGAGGAGAAGGGGGCUGGCAUAGGAGAGGGGCCCACGCAGUAGUCUGGGUCAGAGCAGCUGGGCUUUUCCUAGGAGAGUGGACAGAGACCUGCCCAGUGAGAUCCUCACACCUAGCCCGACCCUGGCAUUGACCCCUGGCAUUGACCCCUGGCAUUGACCUCCGCAGGGCUGGCUACAGGGAGGGUCUGGCUGCGGCUGGGAGUGCACUGCGGGUGGGGCCGCUGGGCCAGGAGCCGGAGGGGCUGGGAGAGCCGGAGUCACUCAGGGCCCGGGAGCACCAAGAGGGAGGCCGGCAGCUCCGGACGGCCCCAUGCCAGCCAAACGAUGACCAGUUGUGGCCAGCGGUCCCUGAACGUGCUCACCGUCCUCUCGCUGCUGGUCUCGGCAGUCUGGUCGGCGCACUUCCGGGUGUGCGAGCCGUACAUGGACCACAAGGGCCACUACCACUUCGGCUUCCACUGCCCCCGGCUCUCGGACAACAAGACCUUCGUCCUGUGCUGCCACCACAACAACACGGUCUUCAAGUACUGCUGCAACGAGACCGAGUUCCAGGCGGUGAUGCAGGCCAACCUCACGGCCAGCCCCGAGGGCUACGCACACAACAACUACACGGCGCUGCUGGGCGUGUGGAGCUACGGCCUGUUCGUGCUGACGCUGCUGGUCCUGGACCUGCUCUACUACUCGGCCAUGAACUACGACGUGUGCAAGGUGUACCUGGCGCGCUGGGGCGUGCACGGCCGCUGGAUGAAGCCGGACCCGCGGCGCUGGGGGGGGCCCGCCCAGGGCGCCCGGCCGGGCCCGCCGGCCCCGCAGCCCGCGCCGCCCCCGGGCCCCCUGGCCCCCGCCCCCCCGGCCCAGCACGCGCCCCAGGGCGCCCCCCGCAGCCCGCUGCCGGUGGCCUUCCAGAGCUCCUCCGCCUGAAGCCCCCGUCGCCUGCCUCAGGACCGGGAGGGGAGGCCUGCAGCGCCGGCGGCCUCCACGGAGGACACCUUCACCGGAGACGCCGGGGAGAGCGAGGCGGCGGCCGGAGGCAGAGGAGGGACCGCCUGCACCCGCACCCCGUCCUGCAGACUUUAAGACCAGGAGCAAACUCAGGCGGGGGUGCGGGGAGGGGUGCCGAGCCGCCUGUCUACAGCAAUAGUCCCAUUUGGGCCGGGGGCUUCGGGGAGUGAGGCCCCGUGGACUCCGGGCGGCCAGCGCAGGCUGCCCCGGCCGGCCGGCCCCGACGGCAGGAUGCCGGCCUGUGCGUCUGCGGCUUCCUCGGCCCGUCCCCUCCCAUCGCGGCUCCUGGGCCGUGCCGGUCAGAACAGUGCGUGUGCGUGUGCGUGUGUGUGUGUGUGCGCGCGCGCGCGUGUGUGUGUGUGCGUGUGUGUGUGUGUGUGUGCGUGUGCGUGUGUGUGCGUGUGUGCGUGUGUGCGUGUGUGUGCGUGUGUGUGUGUGCGUAUGUGUGUGUGUGUGUGUGUGUGCGCGUGUGUGUGUGUGUGUGCGUGCAUGUGACUUGGGUGUCCUUUCGUUUGUCUGGUUCUUAUUGGGUCCCUCCCAGUUCUCGGAGGGGCACGCGCCCCCGUGCGGCAGGGUCCUCGCCAGCGUCCCAGGCACCAGGGUUCUGUACGGCAGGCAGCUGGGCGCCGGAGGGGCAGCUGGGCGCCGGAGGGGCAGCUGGGCGCCGGAGGGGCAGCUGGGCGCCGGAGGGGGCGGCUGGGCGCCGGAGGGGCAGCUGGGCGCCGGAGGGGCAGCUGGGCGCCGGAGGGGCCGGCAGGGCCCGGGGCUGCUGUGUCCUGGGCGGACGCCGGGUUUGAAGACUCUGUCCGGGGCGGGUCCAGGUCACAGAGCCAGGCCCAGAGCACAGUGAUCACAGGGCGGGUCUGCCUGUCCGAGGGCAGGCGCCCGGCGGGGUCUGUGCACAGCUGCUGUCUCCCCGGCCAGGGGGCGGGGAGCCCCCUGCAGAAGCAGCUCCGAGCGAGGAGGGAGCCAGGGCCACGCUGUGACGGGGGGCUAGCCCGCAGGUCAGAUGUCAGGGGUGUAGGAACCAGAGUGCAAGCUUCCAGAUCUGAACGCUAAGCCAGAGCCAGCCUGGGGUGGGAGGAGCAUGGCAGGCCGCGGGCACAGCCAGGGCCGGGCGGAGGCGGCACAUGCUCCGAGGUCUGGGAGUCCGAGGAGACCUGGGGGCGGGGCCCAGCGGGAGGGCCCAGUGGGAGGGCCCAGUGGGAGGGUGCAGGGGAGGGUGAGGGCCUGGACUGUGUCCGCCCCAGGCUCAGAUGGAGCAGAGAGAGCCGCCUGGUGUGAAGUGUUAGCAGACCACCUGGCUCUUCAGCCUCCAAACAGCCCCGCCGAGAAGGGACUCUCCCAUUUUAUGGGCUGGGAAACUGAGGCUCAGAGCGGCCGUGGGGCUUGCCCAAGGCCCCCGGGCAGGCUGGGGCAGACGCAGGCCAAGGCCUCAGUCCCUCUCCUCCUGCCUGUGGCGCCCGAGCCCAGGCGCCAGCUCAGCAGGGCCAAGUCGGGGAGCCUUCGCUUGGGGUCUUGAUUCCUUUCCCUCGGGUGCCAGUCAUGCCAGGACACGGGCCGUGUCUGUAGAGAAGCGGUGGCCGGGGAGGGCGUGCGGGCAGCCAUGCAGCCCCUCCCGCGCCCCAUGUGCGGGGCCUCGGAAACAGGAGCCUGUCCCCGGGCUCAGGGCGGCCUGCGUGAGGAGCAGUGUGACCACCCCUGCAGGUCCCUGCCCGCUGCCCUCCGUGCCCCGGAGGGAGGAGGAGGGAGGAGGAGGGAGGAGGGAGGAGGGCCAGGCUGGCACCGGGAGCUUCCCCAGGUUCUGGGUGAGGCAGCCGCUCACCCUUCCUCUGCCAAAGGAGCUGGCGGCCGUGCCUCCUGCCCGGGGGCCUGGGCCAGAGGGCACUGUCCCGUGGACCCGCUGGGCUGGAGCCCCUGCUCUGCAGCCCGAGUGACAGCCUGCAGGGGGCGGGGCAGCCUGCAGAGUGACAGCCUGCAGGGGAGGGGGGGCAGCCUGCAGAGUGACAGCCUGCAGGGGAGGGGGGGCAGCCUGCAGAGUGAC